CCGCGCGAUGGAUGUAGUCCGGCUGGGCCGCGGGCCAGAGGCUCCCUGGAAGAGCAUGUCUGCAGAGGAGUUGGAGAAUCAGUACUCCCCCAGCAGAUGGGUCAUCCGACUGGGAGCAGAGGAAGCCUUGAGGACUUACUCACAGAUAGGAAUUGAGGCCACCAGGAGGGCCCGGGCCACCGGGAGGAGCCUGCUGCAUGUGCCCUACGGAGAUGCCAAAGGGGAGACACUGGACAUCUACCUUCCCCACGAGGCACCUGAAGGUCAGCGCGGGGGCUGGGGGUCCUGCCGCAGGGCUCAGGGGCCAGCCCUGCACACGCACCCUCUUGGUUUUACAGCCUUUCCUGUCUUUGUGUUUGUCCACGGAGGAUACUGGCAGUGCGGAAGUAAAGACGAAUCUGCCUUCAUGGUGGAGCCCUUGAUAGCACAAGGAGUGGCCGUGGUGACAGUGGCUUAUGACAUUGCCCCCAGAGGCAACCUGGACCAGAUGGUAGACCAGGUGACACGGAGCACCGCGUUUGUGCAGAAGCGGUACCCGUCUAAUGAGGGAAUUUACCUGUGUGGACACUCAGCGGGGGCCCAGCUGGCCGCCAUGAUGCUCCUGGCCGACUGGACCAAGCUUGGAGUCACGCCCAACCUCAAAGGCUUUUUCCUGGUGAGUGGGGUCUACGACCUGGAGCCCAUCCUGUACACCUCGCAGAACGCCCCUCUCCACUUGACACUAGAGGAUGCUCAGAGGAACAGCCCCCAGCUGUUGAUGGCCCUGACGCAGCCGGCGGAUCCCACAUGCCACGUGCUGGUGAUCGUGGGCCAGCACGACUCCCCUGAAUUCCAGCGACAGUCCAGGGAGUUUUAUCAGACCCUGUGCCGAGGGGGGUGGAAAGCCUCGUUUGAAGAGCUCCGAAAUGUGGAUCACUUUGAAAUCAUUGAGAAUCUGACCCAGAAGGACGACGUGCUCACGCAGAUUAUAUUGAAAACAAUCUUUCGGGAGUUCUGACGACACCAGACCGCGGCCUGCGUGCACCCCGACUCCGGGAGGCUACUCAAGGGGCUCCAGAGCGAAGCCAGCUUCCCACGGCUCCCAGCAUGGCCGGGUGGGCUUCCUCCCCCGGCAGGAGCCCCUUCUUCCCACUGCCGUGAACACACGUGACGGUCUCCACGUCCUCCCUCCUCUCGGCCUGGAUCCGGCUCUGGGGAAAGUCCACAGGUCGCACCCAGAGCUGCCUCUGCCAAGUCUGGCCACUGUGACUGCUGACGUGGUGUGACAAAAAUGACUUAGCCCCAGCUUGCCACCAGUUUUUGUAUGACCCUUAAGUGAAGAAUGGUUUUACAUUUUUAGAUGGUUCAAAAAGAACGAAAAAUUGCAUAACAUGUAAAAAUUAUGUAAAACUUAAAUUUCAGCAUUCAUAAAUAAAGGUGUAUUGGAACUGUGAACUAAAAUCAAAUCUUAAGGUUCCCCCUCAACCAGUGACUGAACGGACCCCCUCCUGGCCAAGGGGCUAUCCUAAAACUAAUAUCCUAAAACUAAA